CAGAAGGAAGUAGAGACGCAAGAAACCAGCUCGUUUAAGGGGGUGUUUACCUGAUACUUACAAAAUAAAAUCUGUAAUGUAAUGCCGUUAAAUCGCGAGCUGAGGAAGGAUAUGUCUUAAUGUAUUUCAUACCUGAGGCCAGGAUUAGUGAGAGGACCUCUUGUCCGUACGUUAUCCACAUGAGGAAUGCUGGGAGCAUGCAGCCCGUGUACAGAAGAGACGCUGGAGUCUGGAACCAAACGAGAAGUCUUCUCUACAAGAAUCUACUCAUCAAAUGGAGGACCAAGCAGCAGAGCCUGCAGUGUGACUGUUCCAGAGAAACUGGAUUGUUUUAUAACCAGAUAUGCAGAGCACAUCCAUGAGAAGUGGUGUAUAGAAAAGUUUUCCAAUGGCUGGUCAUAUGGAGACCAGAUGUGUGAAAUCAGCAAGAACCAUCCACUCCUGAAACCAUACAAAAGCCUGUCUGAAAAGGAUAAAGAGACGUACUGCUGGCCCAUCAGAGAGUCUCUGAAGACCAUGCUUUCAUGGGGUUGGAGCAUUGACAGGAUCAGAGAGGGAGUCAACCUUCACAACAAGCCCAGAAGGAUAUCACAGGCCAGUCAGCUUUCUUUUGAAGGAGCUUCAGCUUUCAGUCCAAGACCCACUGAUAUGAGUAAUGUGACAUUGUCCAGAGACUUGCAGUCAAUGGCAGAGCUGCUUGCAGAGAAUUAUCAUAAUAUCUGGGCCAGGAAAAAGAAAGUGGAGCUGGAAGCCAGAGGUAAAUCUCACACAGCAAACACACAAACAGGGUUUUCCUCGUUUCUCUGCCAUCACAAACAGAUAACACAGAAAGCUUGACUUCUUUUUUAUGCAUAGCCUGUAAAAAUAAAUCAGAUGGAAGUCUGCGAAGCGCUAUUUAGAAGAUCAAUACCAUUUCCCCAUACGUCUGCUUUACAGUUGCUGUUAUAGCAACUUUACCCAACCCUUUGAUUUUUGUUGCAUAUUAACUGAAGUGCCAUACAAUCAUUUUGGCAGUUUUUCUGUUAGAAGCUUGUCCAUUUUGGUGUUUUGAAUAGAUGAAAAUUCGCUCUCAAAGUUGUGAUGGACCACCAGUCGCCUGGUAGAUGUUAAGAUGUCACAUAGUGUUGCCACAGCCUGUUGUCUUUCUUCUCCACCCUGCUGCUCUGUUCCAGGUGGAGGAAACCACCCACUGAUGGUUCCUUACGACACAUUGACUGCCACACACAUUGUUUUACUUUAUUGUUUUUAACUUAUUUACUGUGCAGCACUUUGGUCCUGUGCUGGGUAUUUUAAAGUGCUAUGUAUCAUUAAGUUGUAUUGGAUUUGAGUACAAUUAGAGGAUGCAAAGGUUUCUAGCACUUUUCUGUGGGGUGGCUGUUAGG